UUUAGUCAUUCUGUGCCCUGUCAGCUGAGACGCGACUCCUUAGAGGAACUGCUGACUUGUGUUGCGCUUUAUCUGUUCAUAUCAACCUGUACAGUCGGACUUUUUCUUAUUUUCCGCUGGUCAAUUCUAAAAAAAAUAUCAUAAGGUGUUAUCAGCAGUACGUUUUCUUUAUUACUUUUGGAGAAUUGUUUCACAAUUUAACCAGACACUUUCUUUCAGUGUCAUUAUUUAUUGUAACAAGUGUCAUGUCAGCCCCUGUUUCUGAAGCAUUUGGUGCAGCUGAAGAACUUGAUGGGCAAAAUAAAAUACCUGAUGGUGGACAUCCAGAACCACACUCCAGUAAAAAGCUGCAGAAAACUCAGGGAGAACUUAAUGAGGUAGUGGACACAAUGCGAUUCAAUGUGGACAAAAUAUUGAAAAGGGAUGAUGUUUUAUCUGAGCUGGAUGAAAAAGCUGAGGAAGUUAAGACUGAAGCAGAAAUAUUUCAGAAUAGUGCUAAACAGCUGAGCAGAAAAUACUGGUGGCAAAACAGCAAGAUGAUGAUAUUAAUGGGAGCAAUUUGUGCAAUCAUCAUUGGAAUAGUUAUUAUUUACUUCUGCACCUGAAACUCCUGCCAUCACCAUCUCAGCUUAGCUCCUCUAGGGGCAUACUGAGGCAUUCCAAGUACAGCUGAGAGAAAUCUUCUCUCCAGCAUAUCCUGGGUCAGCCCUGAGGUCUCCUCCUGGUUGGACAAGCCUGAAACACUCCCACAACCCUCAGCUUUAGGAGGAGUAGAUGAGUUUCUCCUGAAUGUUUGCAUGCCAUAGGACUACAUUUGUUUUAAUAAUUGUAUGUUUAUGAAUUGAACAAUUCCUAACUAAUACAUUAUUGGCAUUUCAGCUACCUUUUUUAUGAUUUGCUGUUCACAAACCAAUAAAGUGUGAACAUAAAUAUUUUUUGACUUUUUUGUCUAAUCAGUCUGUGUUUGGACUACCUCGAGAUAUUAGAAAUCUGCAGUUUCACACAACUGUAAUGUCAAUCAUGUAUCUGCAUAUAGCAGAAAGAAAGAAAGAAAUAUUACAUAGACCUAAACAUAUUACUCAACAAAAAUAAUUUAGAAACUUCAGUAUAUGACAAUCUCAUACUUAAUAUUUAAUCUGUAAUAAAGGUUAGAGAAGAUAAAAAUGGUAAUGAAACAUCAAGCUAGUUGCUGACGUUGAAUCUGAAAGAGUGCCCUUAGUGUGUGAUCUUUUAUCAUUAUGCUUUUUUUCCUUUUCCAGCAGUAUAUUUACUUAAUGUUGUCUGUAGCAUCAUGGUAUCUUUACUAUUAAAAACAUAUGGAUUAAAAUAUUACUCACAUCAAUGCUGUUUAUUUUUCAUAUUGAUUUUUUCUUAAAUAUUUUAAUGAAUGUGUAUUAAUGAAAAAUAAUUUUACCUCAAGAAUAGCUGUAUUUUCAUCAAGCAGACUUUUUGUCUCUUUUCAUUUAGAAUUAUCAUAGUGCCUUUUGAGUGGUUCAGUAGGUUUAUCAUUAAUAAUCUUAGCAGCAUUUUCAUUGCUUAAGUGCAUUAUUACCUUUGAUUGAUAAAAUACUUGAAUGCUGUGUUCUUUCCAAAGUUUAAUUGAGAAAGUCUACCAUUUGUUAAAUUCAUUUAAUCUUUAAUACAUAUCAUUUACCAUAUUAAUUUUUAUUAAAAUACUUUAACAUGCUUUAAAAAGGUAAAAUCUCUGACAAUGUUCAAUAGAUCAAAUUAACAUAAAAAAGAUAGUCAUUGUAUUGAGAUUACAUUAAAACAAAGUGAUUACUUGAAUUAUUGACUAACAUGAUAAAAGACCACUCAGAAGACAGAGCACUCUGACAUCAAGAUUGGUUAUUAAAUACUGUAUAAUAAUACGCUAUAAACAUUUAUAUGUUACAUACUGGUGUAAGCAAAUAAGCAUCAAAAGAGUGUCAUGUGAUGUAUAACAAUCAAACUAAAGCAUCACUUUAUGCCGUAUAUAGCUUUUGGAAAUAUGCAAAUAAACAAUGUGUCUUCAAGAUAAGUGCUCUCUGGAUAUACAUCAAUAAAAUGAUAAAUAUCAAUAAAAUGAUAAAAUUGAUCAUUGUGUAUUAUAC